CCAGACGUCUCCGCGCGUCGUCCUCCUCGUCCUCCCGGCUGCGCGCUGCUGGCCGGAGUCCGCUCGCAGCCGUCGCCAUGCUGCCCGUCGCGUUCCUGCGCCGUCCCGGCCUGCGCUGCCUCGUCCGCCAGGCCCGCGCCUACGCCGAGGCCGCCGCUGCGCCGGCCCCGGCCGCGGGCCCCGGCCAGAUGUCCUUCACCUUCGCCUCACCCACGCAGGUGUUUUUCAACGGCGCCAACGUGCGGCAAGUGGACGUUCCCACGCAGACAGGCGCCUUUGGCAUCCUGGCGGCCCACGUGCCCACGCUGCAGGUCCUGCGCCCGGGGCUGGUGGUUGUCCACGCCGAGGAUGGCACCACCUCCAAGUACUUUGUGAGUAGUGGCUCCGUCACGGUGAAUGCUGAUUCUUCAGUGCAGUUGUUGGCCGAAGAGGCCGUGACCUUGGACAUGCUGGACGUGGGGGCAGCCAAGAUGAACUUGGAGAAGGCGCAGGCGGAGCUGUCAGGGGCAGCAGACGAGGCCUCCAGGGCCGAGAUCCAAAUCCGCAUCGAGGCCAACGAGGCCCUGGUGAAAGCUCUCGAGUAGGCGGUGCGUGGCCCUUGCCAGCAGGGAAACCGAGGCCCAGGACUGGACCGGGGCUGUCCCGGGCAGGCCAAACCAGCUCCCGCGGGUCCAGUCUGAUUGGGGUGGGAUGGUGGGAAGAGAAGGGCCGCAAGCCACCUGGGGGGAUUCUUGCCUGGAGGGCCUGGUCUUGCCAAGAGGCCACCAGGGGGCAGCACAUCGCUGGUCAGAUCUCCUAGCAAGGGGGUUUGGCGAGCUGAGACCUUGCCCUGCUUCUCACCUUCCAACCACUGGAGCCCCCCCAACCUGAUGUGCCACCCACUUCUUCUCUGACCCGGUAGACGCUGCCACAGAGACUUCAUUCGGCUCCUAGUCCUCUCCGUGGGAUGGCCUGCCCCCAGCUUGAGCCCCCCCAUUAAAAACCAGGGACC